AUGACAAGUGAACCACGACUACCUCCACCAAAAACAAUUGAUGAAAUUAUUAAUAGAGGCUAUCGUGUUUCCACUAUUAAUGCAUUUGAAGCUUUGACUAAAAGAUUGAUUGGAUGGCCAAAUAUUACGUUAAUGUCUCCGAAGGAAUACGGAAUAGCAUAUUUGGAACAAUCACAAAAUUCAUCAGCAAAAAUGGCAUUAAUUGUUGAUGAAUUUGCCACACGAUUAACAGACAGUAAAUUUAAUAUACGAACAAAUUAUUGGACUAAGCUAGAAGACCAUGUUGUCUUUUCAUUCCACGACGCCUUUUUCUUCGUAGAUAGUUGCUUUUAUUUCAGAAUGUUUGACAGAAUCAUCGAUGACUUAAUACCAACUGGAAUAAUGAAUCAUCUGAUUGAGAAUUACUACACAAAACCUUGGGGAUAUGACCAACCUGAAGUUGAACCAAAAAUAUUGACUGUUGAAGAUCUUGCGUUUGGAUUUAAUAUCUGGCUUUUGUUUUGCUUAGUUUCUUUCAUUGGAUUCAUUGCAGAACAUAUUGCAGCUUUGAUGUUGAAGCCGAUCAAAUCGUACGCACCAGUUCACCCAAUUAAUCCAAAAUUGGAACAUGAAGUUUGCAUCGAUGAAAUCACAACAUAUGAAAUUAUGAAUGGAAUCAAUCCAGAAUUGGUAACAAAGUUUAGAAUUAAAAAACUAGCACAACUUGAUGUAUCAGCACAUAUGAAUAAUUUAGGUUCAGCUGAAAUAAUUGAAGUUAUUGAGUUGAUAGAUUUAGAAAAUUAA